GAGAAGAGUCGGAGGCAGAUGUUUUGAAUAUUCUGAAGUAGCAGUAUUUUUUAUUAGAAAUAGGAUGUCUCUUCCAGGAGUUCGUCCUUGUUAGGUCUAAAGUUUCUUCAGUUUGCUUGUUUUGUUUAAUAGUUUUCACAAUACUGUUGUUAUAAAGAGGUCCCAACAUUCUAGUAUUUAUUUGAGUUUGUAACUUGAUCUAGCUUCAAAUGCUUUGUGAAUUUGUGUUCCCCCAUUAGUUAAAUAUCAUCAGAUACUUUGUCGGGUUCAAAGAUUAUCUCCCAGUCUGCGAUGUGCAUCAGAUGUUUUGAAUAUUGAUGAUAAUAAUAGAACAUACAUUUCCAUAAGAUACAUUAUAUAAUUAUUGAACAAAAGUGAUAAGAGAUCGAUCAUGGCAAGGAAUAUUUUACUCUUAUCAAAAAGCGCAAGAUUCUUGCUGAGUAGUCAUCGCUAUUAUUCGGAAGCAUCAGCACAAUUUCCGAAAAUAACAACUCAUUACACUGUAAACCCCAGAGAUAAAGAUUCCAGAUGGACAGAAGUGGACAUGGAGCGCUUUGCGGACGAAGCAGAUUUACUGAUCGUCGGUGGAGGUCCAGCCGGGUUUUCAGCGGCAAUCCGUGCCAAGCAGAUAGCCGCAGAGAAGGGCCAAGAACUGAGGGUGUGUUUGGUUGAGAAAUCAUCGGAAGUCGGAGGACAUAUUCUUUCAGGAGCGUGUCUUGAUCCAGUUGCUCUUGACGAGCUGAUUCCUGAUUGGAAGGAGAAAGAGGCGCCACUUAACACUCCAGUAGUCCAUGACAAAUUUUCUUGGCUUACUAAAAGUGCUAAAUUUCCAAUUCCUAUUUUUCCUGGCUGGCCCAUGGACAAUCGUGGAAAUUAUGUAGUGCGAUUGGGCCAUGUCGUAGCGUGGCUGGGACAACAAGCUGAAGCAUUAGGGGUAGAAAUAUAUCCCGGCACUGCUGCAGCGGAAGUACUGUUCCACGAAGAUGGAUCUGUCAAAGGAAUCGCGACCGGAGAUGUUGGCAUAUCAAAAAGUGGCGCGCCGAAAGAUACAUUUGCGCGUGGAAUGGAACUGCAUGCAAAAACAACGAUUUUUGCCGAAGGUUGUCGUGGUCAUCUAUCUAAACAAUUGAUGGCCAAAUUUGGACUUAAUGCCGAAAAUGAACCCCAAACUUACGGCAUCGGAUUGAAGGAAGUUUGGGAAAUCAAAGCAGAAAAUCAUAAACCCGGUCAAGUGGAGCACACAAUCGGUUGGCCAUUAGAUAAAAACACAUAUGGGGGAUCUUUUCUUUAUCAUUUAAAUGAACCGACACCGUUGAUUGCAGUUGGGUUUGUUAUCGGGUUGGACUACGUGAAUCCAUAUAUUAGUCCGUUCCAGGAGAUCCAGCGUUUUAAGACUCAUCCUAAGAUAAGGGAUGUUUUCGAAGGUGGCAGUCGCAUUGCGUAUGGUGCUCGAGCCUUAAACGAAGGAGGUUACCAAAGCAUUCCAAAACUUACCUUCCCUGGUGGUUGCUUAGUAGGAUGUGCGGCCGGAUUCAUGAAUGUGCCACGUGUGAAGGGUAGUCAUUACGCUAUGAAGAGUGGCAUUCUGGCAGCAGAGAGUACUUGCGAAGCCAUUUUUGCUGGUAAACCGCAGGAGAAAACUGGACUGGAACCGAAGGACUAUCCGGAUAGGAUAAAGGAGUCGUACAUCUGGAAAGAUUUAUACAAGGUGCGAAACGCUCGACCGAGCUUCCACAACGCGCUAGGACUGUACGGAGGUGUUGCAUAUAGUGGAUUUACCCUAUUUCUAGGUGGCCGGGAACCAUGGACACUAAACCACGGAGCACCAGAUCACACUCGUCUAAAACCGGCCAAGGAAUUCAAACCUAUCGAAUAUCCAAAACCAGACGGAAAAAUUACUUUCGACUUACUUUCAUCGGUAGCUCUCACCGGCACCAAUCACGAGGGUGAUCAACCGGCGCAUCUAACAUUGAAGGAUGACAUGGUUCCUGUGAAGAACAAUUUGGCCAUUUAUGACGGACCAGAGGCACGGUUCUGUCCUGCUGGCGUUUACGAGUUUGUUCCCAACGACGAGGGUGGCAAUAUGAAGCUUCAGAUCAACGCUCAGAAUUGCAUCCAUUGUAAAACGUGCGACAUCAAAGAUGUCACGCAGAACAUCAACUGGGUUGUUCCAGAGGGUGGUGGUGGUCCGGCCUACAACGGUAUGUGAUCGUGAUGGCAACAAACUGGUGCAUUUGAAUCAAUCCCUUCCUGCAGUGGGUCUAGCCGAAGUUGGAGGUCGCUAGUUGUUAGAAUCGUGCAAUCAAAGAUUUGUAUACAAAGAUUUUUUGCAAAUACUGUAAAAUUUAUUCUUUUCCUUUUUUCAUUUAAUAAUAAAAUAACAAAAAAUGCAAUAAAA